UGGCAAAUAUGGCGUCAGCGGUCUAUGUCCGCAUAAACAAGGAGUAAUGUGUUGUUUUUGGUAAUCGCGCUGUAAAAAUCUUUCAAUACUAAUCAUUUUCGAGAUAUUUCAGCGUCGUCUGUACUCUCGUUAUCCGUAAUGGCUGGCGUUAUGGAAACAGAGGAGCAGGCGAGACAGCGCUUUCAGCUGGAGCUGGAGUUUGUUCAAUGUCUAGCAAACCCAAACUACCUGAACUUUCUGGCUCAGAGAGGUUACCUGAGAGAGAAGCCUUUCGUCAAUUAUUUGAAGUAUCUGCUUUACUGGAAGGAACCAGAAUAUGCUAAAUUCCUGAAAUAUCCUCAUUGUCUGCACAUGUUGGAGCUGUUGCAGUAUGAGCACUUCCGGAAGGAGCUGGUGAACGCACAGUGUGCCAAGUUCAUAGAUGAACAGCAGAUCCUGCACUGGCAACAUUACUCCAGAAAACGCACCCGUUUACAGCAGGCGCUGGCGGAGCAGCAGCAACAACAGCAGCCACAGGCUCCAUCCCACGCCAACACCACCUCCAAAUGAGACUCAAGCUUUUUCUGAUGGGCUUUUACAUAUUUUUACAAACAGACUUUGACUUUCACACUGCUCUCUGUAGGCUCAUAAUGUUAUGUGUUUGAAAAACAGGAGAGUAAAGGUAAGAAGAAGGUAAGAGGAGUGCGAAAUCAUUUGUAUUACGCUUUUGUGUUCUAAUAUAAAUUGUGGAAUAAACUGUUAAAUAGUUACA